AUGUCUGCAGUCAGCUGCCCGCCGAAAGACUUUAAAGGUGGACCUGAUGCAGGAAGUGCUUUGUACUAUUGCAACGUGAAAGGCUGCAACAGUCUAUGGGGCGUUUUCUGGACUGAGCCAGAAACAUCGCGCAGACUGAUGACAUUGGGCGAGUACAAGACGCUCGCAACGGGAAAGAUCUGCUGGAGCUGCACUAAGCCAGAUGAUCGUCUUGCCCUGUUUGCGGAGAAUUGGUCAGGCAUCGUGAACGAAACCCUGCGCAAGCUUGAAAAGAACACCAAAGAAGGCAGAAAGAGAAAGAGAGAGGACCUGAAGAGAGACACUAGUUUGGAAACCAAGCUUGACGACAACGGACAUAUCGAAGAAGAUACCGCAUCCAAGACAGAAGAGGACGAGGUCUGGGAAUUGGUCGAGCAUCAUGAAGCAGACGAAUCCUGGGUUCUUCUUUGA